CAAAUGACCAAAUAAGGAACGUGACACAUGGAAGUGGAAUUUGUUCUGGUCAGUUUUCAGCUUUAAUGAGUAGAAAGCUUUAGUGUGUACAGCGCUUCGCCAUGUCAUAUAUUUUCUGAGUGUUGGUGUGUGCCACCGACAUAACGCCUAGUUGUUGUGUGAAUACCUCUGUGUGUCAGUGAAUGUGUAUAAGCGUUGCUUUCUUGAGGAAAGAGAAAAGAGGAAGCAGUUCCGCCCUCAGAAGCAGCCCGGAGGCCGCGGAGAAAAGAGCCGAAAGAAGAGAUAAGAAGCGAACGACAGAGUCCGCUUUAAACCCAGAACACGGUGUUAUUCUGCCGGUUAGUGUUUCAGCGGAUGGACGGUGGAACUCCGGUGCUGUGUUGAAAAGCUCGUUGGAGAAAAUGAGCUUCAUGUGAAUAAGUUUCAGUUUGAUAAAAUCGUCCAUGCUGGUGUCUUCUGCCAACAUUAACAGGCGGCUUUACUCGAGCUCUUCGCUUCUGGAUCGUGUCUUUGGACCUUGGGUUAGCUCCUUGUGAACAGUGGGUCUCUGGUUGAGGCCCUUGAAGCUUUUUGAUCCGAGUUACAAUACAGUAUGAGCGGAGAAGAGGAAAGAUUCAAACUGGUGGUGGUGGGAGGAGGAGGGGUGGGGAAGAGCGCCCUGACCAUCCAAUUCAUCCAGUCCUACUUUGUGUCAGACUACGACCCCACCAUUGAAGACUCCUACACCAAGAUCUGUACUGUGGAUGGAAAGGAGACCCGGCUGGACAUCUUGGAUACAGCAGGUCAAGAGGAGUUCGGGGCAAUGAGGGAGCAGUAUAUGCGCUCAGGAGAAGGCUUCUUACUGGUGUUUGCGCUUAACGAUCGGGGCAGCUACCAUGAGGUCCAGAAAUUUCACACCCAGAUCCUGAGAGUGAAGGACCGAGAUGAUUUCCCCAUGGUACUGGUUGGAAACAAGGCUGACCUGGAACAGCAAAGAGUUAUCUCGAGGGAGGAUGCUCAGGCAUUCGCCAGAGAGAACAGGAUCCACUACAUGGAGGCUUCAGCCAAGAAUCGCUACAAUGUGGAUGAGGCCUUCCUGGAGCUGGUGCAAAUUAUCAGGAGGUUUCAGGAGAUGGAGAGUCCUCCUCCUCAAGCUCAUCACACAGGGAAACAGAAGAGUGGUGGCUGUCCCUGUGUCCUCCUCUAAGUUACUAUGAACACCAAAGCCUCAUCCCUUUACUGCUUUUCCAGAAAGGAGUGUGUGCGUGUGUGUGUGUGUGAGAGAGAGAGAGAGAGAGAGAGAGAGAGAGGAUAAGGUGCAUAAUUUUU